AAAAGCCUCUAUAUAUUCGUAUUUGUAUAUAUAAUAUACAUAUAUAAAUGUGUGUGUGUGUGUGUGUACAGCUAAGCCUACCCCACAACCGUUCCCGGUACUUAGUACGCGCACUUUAUUCGAUUUGCUGCCACCUUUUUAGUGUGACGUCAGUCGGUGCUGCUGCGCGCCUUUCGCCGUGCCAUAACGAGCCGCCUGCAUGCCGCACACCUAACCCUUACACUACUUGUUGGGUUCUUGCUAUCAAUACAUACAAAUACAUUUUUUUUAAUUUUGUGCUGUAUUUGUUGUUGCUAUUAGUACGCCAGCGCCCCACGACAAUGACUUUUUCGGUGAAUGCUGGCGAUUGCGACAAGCGAAACGACUUGAAUGUGCUCAAAAGCUCCAAAGUGAGUGGGCGCUGUAAGCAAAAAAUUACUAAGAGAGAGAGAGAGAAAAACCCAUAGAGCGUAUCAUAUAAAGUGAGUGUAUUUGAGAAAGUUUAAAUUUUGACAUAUUGAGUAUUUGCGCUUUUGAGCGCUUGCAAUACUUGAGUGAGUGCCACGGCUGAGUGAGUUCAAUACUUGAGCGAUUGCAAUGCCUGAGUGAGUGCAAUACUUAUUUGAGUGCCUACAUAUUGGAGUGCCACACUCAAGCAAGUUGGCCAGCUAGCGCUAAACCGCUUGCACUAAUCGUGUUAGAGAGCUUAUGCCUCGAUACGAAUAACACCUGCUGGCGCACAUUAUAGCCCCACGAACGGUAUAUACAUGUAUGACUGUGUGAUCUGCACUCAAACUCCACCAUGCACUCGCACUCACUCACGCUCACUAACUCAGCAAUGCACUCGGCAGCCCACUCGCACACUCAACGUGCUGGCAAAGCGUACGCCAACUUGACGACCCAUUGGUGUACAUUCCCCAACAGCACAACGUUAGCAGCAGUACGAUUUCGAACUCGCUCGGCGUAAGACAUUGACAGUUCCCGUAGACGCGGUCGUACACAUACAUAGUAUAUAAUAGUGUAUAUAUAUAUAUUUAUAUAUAUGUACAUAUUUGCCAAAUUGCCACAAAACGUUCACGUCAGCAGCAGCAGCGUUAGUAAUUUUUUGCUUGGCGGUGUACUGAAAUCGAAAUAACUGUUCGAACGUUAUAGAAAAUUGCUUGCUUUCAUAAAAUUUUGAAAACAUUUUUUUCGUGUUUUUGCUCGUCGACAGUGCAGCAACGACGCAACGCACGUCAUCAAGUCAGUCAACAAAGCGUCGCUUGCCGUAGUCGUCGUCGUCGCGUUCGACGUUGUGUCAUUCUUUGCCGUCGUAGUCGUCGUUGUCGCCAUUAGCAGUGUGUGUUUCUUCACAACAGCUUGUUAGAAAAGUGGCCAAAAACAACGGAAAAAAGUAGCAAAUGAAACUUGAAAAAUAGCAAAAGAUUUUGUUUUCGAAAAAUAUUUUCGAAAGUGUAUCGAAAAGUGAGCGCGUGCAUUUUAUAACGUAGCGUAAAAUAAAAAUAACAACAACAAGCAUACGCGUAAACUGCAAGAAAAAGCAGCAAACAACAAACGUCACAAAAGCGACAAGCGCCAAAUGCGUAACGCGAUACGCUGAAACAAAAUAAAUUAAAACCAAACGAAUUUAUUGCAAAGGUGGUGCAAUUUCACGAUUUCGCGAAAAUUGUGUGCAAAAGAAUUUUUGUUUGCCAAAAAAGUGCAAGAAUAACUGAAAGAAAUUAACAAUAAAAAACAGUUAAAAAGAUUUGAUAAUUAAAUAAAAUCAUAUAAUUAAAUAAAAAAAUAAUAUAAUUGAUUAAAAGAAUUAAUAAAAUUAAUUAAAUAAUAGGUAAAUAAUCAGCUAAAAUAAUCAUUAAUUUAAUUAAUUACAAAAUUAAGCUAAUUAUUAAAAAAUCAAAGUAAUUAAUUAACAAAUACUAGAAAUAAGUUGCAAAAGUCAAAAGCAGAACAUUUUCUGCGUCUUUAAGGGACAGCUGGCACAUUCCAAUACAAACACACAGACAAAUACGCAUUACCUAUGUACACUUGAAAGCGAAAAUUCAAGGCGAAAAUUGUAAUGCUCAACGCAAAUAGAAACUAACCCACACAGAGUGAACGAAAAAGCAACAAAAAAAAAAAAACUACAACAAUAACCAAAAACUUGUGUAUUUUACGAUUUCUGCGAAAUUUUCAAAGAAAAUUUUACUAAACAGAAAAGCGAAAAAAAUAUUUACAAAAUAACAGAAAAAAUACAUUUGAGAAAAAUUAGUAAACGAGUGUGAAACGAAGUGCAAAAACUGAAGCGGAGUGCAGUUCGGCUGUCUGUGCAGAUUCCUGCGUUAAAUUGUGCGGGACCCUAGACGCACACUCCGAAUCGUCAUAUCACUAUCAACAGCGUUCGAACAGAAUGGAUGUCUAUCAAAUUGACGACGGUUUCCACUCGGACGGUGGCACUGAGACGCCACCACCCUCACCCAGUUCGGGUUCAUCGAUAGCUUCGGCUUCGGAUCAUGGCUCAUUGGAGAGUGUCGACACGGGCGGUACACAACGUUUGGCCGUGCUCUCAUUCGAACAGGUGCGUAAAUUGCACGAUGUCAUGGACGAAAAGGUGGCCAUACAUGGACGUGGUAAUUUCCCCACACUUGAAGUACCGCUCAAAGAUUUGGUCAAUAUGGUACGUCGCAAAUUGGAGGCAGAUGUUAGUGUUGGCGGUGCCGGUGUGAUAGUCAAGGAUGUGCGCUUAAAUGGUGGCGCAGCUAGUCAUGUUUUAGCUUCCGAGAAUCAGCCAUACAAUGACUUGGACUUGAUCUAUGCCAUUGAAUUGACAUCGACACGUCACUUUGAUCGCGUCAAAUCGGCCGUGCUCAAUACAUUGUUAGACCUCUUGCCGGAGGGUGUGUGCAAACGGCGCAUUAUGCCGUGCGCUUUGAAGGAGGCUUACGUCGGCAAAAUGGUUAAGGUGAAUAAUAAUAACGACGGUGAUCGUUGGUCACUAAUAUCGCUCGGCAAUUCGCCGGGUCACAAGAAUGUCGAACUGAAAUUUGUCGACACAAUGCGACGUCAGUUUGAAUUCUCAGUCGAUUCGUUUCAAAUCGUUUUGGACUCGUUGCUACUCUUCUACGACUGUGCCGCCUUACCCAUAUCGGAGAAUUUCUAUCCAACUGUGGUCGGUGAAUCGGUAUAUGGCGACUUUCAGGAGGCGCUCUAUCAUUUGCAAAAGAAAUUGAUCUCAACACGACAGCCGGAAGAGAUACGCGGUGGCGGUUUGCUCAAGUAUUGCAAUCUCUUGGUGCGCAAUUAUAAGCCAGUCGAUCCGCAACAUAUCAAGACCCUAGAACGUUAUAUGUGCUCACGAUUCUUCAUCGAUUUCCCCGACAUCAAUACGCAGACCAAAAAGCUGGAGGCGUACUUGUCCAAUCACUUCUGGGGUGUCGACGAGGAGCCCCUACAAUAUCAGUACCUGAUGCAUUUACGCGAAGUUGUCGAAAUGUCUACGGUGUGCCUGAUGGGGCACGAGCGGCGGCAGACCAUGUUGCUCAUACAGAAUUUGGCCACGAAUGUGCUCUACAAGGAGCAGAAGAAGCAGCAACAGGCGCAGGAGCAAUAUCAACAACAGCAACAACAACAACAACAUCACCUACAUCACCAUCACCAUCAACAACAACAGCAGCAGCCAGUCGAUGUGCAAACAACACAAGCACAACAGCACCAGCAACAACAACAACAGCAGUCACAUCAACAAGUAACGCUGGUCACAGCACAGCACCAACAACAACCACAACAAUUGCAAGCGCCGCAAACACAGACAAUCUACUUGCAGGCGGCGCCCACAGCUUCACCACAAACAACAACAGCGACCAUCUGCUGUACGACAGCCACCGGCGAACAGCAGCAACAACAAGUGCAAGUACAGCAACAGCCACAAGUGCAGGCGAUACAGACACACGCCGCUGUGGCCCAGCCGACAACCACCAUUUUGGUCUACAAUGGCGUCUACUAUGCACCUGUGAUUCCGGCUAUUUGCACAUGCAACCAAACGUGGUUGAGCACGUGAUUGACGAACGAGCCGGCGACGGGGCAAACAGACGCAACAACAACAACAACAGCAACAGUGACAACAAGCGCAGCAGCAGUAACAACAACAACAAAUACAACAGCAACAGCAGUAGAGGCCACAGUGAUGGGGGCACGGCAACAACAACAGGAACUACAACAACAAGCGUCAGCGGCCACAGCUUUUGACUAUCAGCAAACUGAAGUGGCAACAACAGCAGCAGCAGCAGACGCAGACGCAAGCCAUCCACAAUCAAGCGGCAAUUGCAAUUGCAACAACAACAAUAUUUGCGCCGUUGUGCCGACAUAUGCGUUAAAUGCUAAUACAACAACAGCAGCCACCAACUGCAGCAGCUAUGCUACAACAACACCACUUGCAACUUAUGUGCCGUCGGCAAGCACAGCACCAACAACAACAACGGUUGCUACGCCGACAGCUAAUAAUAUGCUGGCGAUUCCCUGCUACGACGCGCAAUGCCUAUUGCAACACCAGCAGCAGCAGCAGCAACAACAAGCACAGUUGCUGCAACAAGAGCAAACGCAAUUGUUGCAAGAGCAACAAACGCAAUUGUUGCAGCAACAACAAACGCAAUUGUUGCAGCAACAACAAACGCAAAUUUUGCAACAACAACAAACGCAAGUUUUGCAACAACAACAACAAUCGAAAUUUUUGCAACAACAACAGCAAGCGCAAUUGUUGCAGCAACAGUUGCUAACAACACACCAUCCAUCAUCCACUUACUAUGUGCAGCAAAUGCCAACCACGGCAUUGUCUGCACUACCACCAUUACCACUACCACAACAACCGUUCUCAUUGCAAAUGCAGUUGCCAUUGUUGGAACAACAACAUAACCAACAAUUGCUUUUGCAACAAUAUCAACGGCAGCAACAACAACAACAACCGCAAAUAGCUGUCUACUUCGCUCCGCAGCAACAGUUCUUGCCACAACAACAACAACAGCAAUUUGUGCAUUAUUAUCCUUAUGAGCCUACCGCUGCUGUCUACAGCAGCUGAUGGGCGUCAAAGUAGGUGCCAGAGGUGCAUAGGCUAGACAACUAAGUGCUGUCAAAGACACCAAAUUGUCCUCCUUUUUUUUUGUAAAGACAAAUCAAGAAUAAGUUUUUUCUUCACAAUUUAUUAAACACUUUUGCACUGUUAAAGGAUUUGUUCAUUAGAAAUUUUUGAGAGAAGCAAAUUUAGAAAUAGUAAGGUUGUGAAACAGUGUGCUUUCGAAAAAUUAACCUUUAGAGAAACAAAGCUUUUAUUAAAAAGUGAGCUUUGUAGAAACGUGCCUUCGACAAAUCAAGCUUUCAGUGAGGGCUAACAUUUGAUCUUCAGAGAAAAGGGAUUUCCAAAAAACUAAACGUUCGAAAAGAUUGAGCUUUUAUUCGAAGUUGAAUUUCGUCAAAUUUUGCUUUCGACAAAUUUAGGCUCUGACAUCUUCGAUCUACAGAUAAUGAAGCUUUAAAAAACAAAAAGUUUACGGAAUAGUCGAGCUUUCAUUAAAAAUUGAACUUUGCAAAAAUGUGCCUUCGACAAAUCAAGUUUUCAGUGAGCGCUAACAGCUUUGUUCAACAAAUACUAGAGCUUUCAAAAAAAAAAAACAAGCUUUCAUUAACAAUUAAACUUUGUCGAAUUAUGUCUUCGGAAAAUUAUGCUUCCAGUAAAUGUUUACUUUCCAUAUUGAGAAAUAUCAAAAUUGCAGAAAUUUUAUACUCAAUUUUUUUUGUUGUAAUUUCGAAAAUUUUUAAUAUGCUCCUAAUUUCAACUGCUGAAAGUUUUUACGAAAAUGUAAGCUCCACAUUGCGCACUGUUGUCAUUUUAGGCAUGGGUUUAAUAGAUUUAUAGUUAAUAGAAUUUUAUGUUUGAAAGCUUACAGAAUUUCGACUACUGAAUAAAGCAAAAAUUAAGCUCCCACCCACUUAAGACAGUAUUGAUUACAGAAAAAACGCAAUUAUCUGCGAGUUGUGCUUUGAAAGUUUAAUAAAGAACUCAGCGAUUAAAGUACAAAUUUCUUCGAAUCCUCAUGCAGAUUACCGCUGUGUGUACUGGAGUUGCAUACCUUUAGACGCCAAACAGCUGUUGCGCUGCAUACCUGCAUUGCUCAACUAUUGUUUUUGUUGUUGCUCUUGGUCACUAUUUACUUCCGCUAAUUUUCAUUCUCACUCUCUCCCCUCAUUAUCAUUGCAUCUCUCUCUCUCUCUCUCUCUCUCUCUCCCUCUUGCUGCGGCGUUGUAACCUUACAACUUGACUGCUUUGCUGCUCGUUACAUGUCGGCUUGCGUCACUGCUACCACGUUGUGUUACGUUGGUUGGUUUGUGUCCACACUAAUUAUUGUUAACUGUGUACUUUAUUAUAAUAUUUUUAUUUUUUAUACCAUACUUACUACUAUUUACAUAAUAAUUUACAACAUAAAUGUUUACAAACACACACAUACACAUAUAUAUACAUACAUAUGCAAUGAUUACGAUGUACUGCAUCUAAUGUAAUGAGUAAAGAAAAAGAAAAAAAUAUUAAAAAAAAUACAAAAACGAAAAACUUUAUAGUGAUGUUAAUUUGAUUUCCAUUAAUUUAUAAUUACUAUGUAUUCAUAUGUAUAUUAUAUAUAAAAAUGUUGACGCUACUCCUCUAUUGAUUUGUAAUUUCUUGACAUUGAAUUCUUUAUUUACCGUUAUGUUUGAUUUUUUUUUAUUGUACUCACUGUUUUUACGCCACAUAUUUAAUAUAGCGGUGAAAACUGCAAAAGUUGAUGUUAUUGUGGUAAGAUUGAAGAAGAAGAAGAAGAAAAUACAAGUGAGGAAUUGUGAAGAAAGUGAUUGUAAGCAAAAAAA